AUGAUGACAAGACCUCGACGUUUCUAUCAUUUCAAGUUUAUCUUGGUGUCUCUUCUGCUUUCAGCACGGUCGAUCUUUGCCCUAGCAUCAAGAACUCCCAGCACUGGAACAAGAACAGUCCUUGUCACCGGUGGAGCUGGUUACAUUGGAUCCCACACCUGCCUGGAACUGCUGAAUCAACCAGAUUAUAAUGUCGUCGUUGUGGACAGUCUCGACAAUUCUUCCGAAGAGAGUCUCUCGCGUGUCAAGGAACUAACAGGGUGCGACCCCAAACGUCUCCAAUUCCGAAAUUGUGAUAUUCGAGACAAAGAACGUUUGAGGAAAGUCCUCGACGAGUUUCCAGAGAUUGAUUCUUGUGUUCACUUUGCUGGACUGAAAGCGGUAGGAGAAUCAGUUACAAAUCCAUUGAUGUACUAUGACUGCAAUAUUGGUGGCACUGUUAGUCUCCUUGAGGAACUAGGUGCUCGGGAUAUCAAGCGAUUUGUAUUUUCAUCAUCUGCGACUGUCUAUGGAGAACCAGAAAUGCUACCAUUGCGGGAAGAAGCAAGAUUGCAGGCAACCAAUCCAUAUGGAAGAACGAAGCUCUUCGUCGAGGAAGUUCUUCGAGAUUGCCAUGCUUCCGAUGACACAUGGAACGUAUUGAUCCUUCGCUACUUCAACCCCAUUGGUGCUCAUCCAUCUGGGCGUAUUGGCGAAGACCCACAAGGAAUUCCCAAUAACCUGAUGCCAUUUAUUGCCCAAGUGUGCGUUGGACGAAGGAAGGAAUUAAGCGUGUUCGGGGAUGAUUACAAUACUGCUGACGGAACUGGUGUUCGAGAUUACAUUCAUGUGGUGGAUUUGGCAAAGGGCCACGUGGCAGCAUUGAAUAAGUUGUACACGUCGCAACUUGGAUGUGAAGCGGUGAAUCUAGGUACAGGAAAGGGAGUGUCAGUUCUAGAACUAGUGAAAGGAAUGGGGAAAGCUACUGGGAAGCCAGUGCCGUACAAGGUUGCGCCACGCCGUCCGGGCGAUGUAGCAUCCAUGUAUGCAGAUCCAUCUACUGCACAAAAGCUACUUGGUUGGAAAGCAGAGCUUGGUGUGGAAGAGAUGUGCGAGGAUACUUGGCGAUGGCAAUCGACGAAUCCUCAUGGCUACAAAGAAGAAGAGCUAAUAGUAGUAGAAGAACAGUAA